UUGACCCCCAGCCCCUGCUCACCCAGGGCCCCAGACAGCUCCAUACGCCUGCGCUUUGUUUCUUCUUUGAGUCCCAGCUGUUACCUCACUGUGAGGUCCUGAGCACCCGACUCUCGCUGGCUUACAGGGAAGCCCCUGGGAGUCUGAGUGGGCUGGGCCCCCAGGAGCCCCCAGGGGCUCAAAACAAGAGUAGGCACAGCAGGGCAGCUGGGUGGAGGCUCUGGGCACCCAAGAGCAGUGCUGGGCAGAGGGCAGGUGGAGGUGGGGCUGUCCCCUCUUAUGCCACCUCAAGGUUCCGGUCGGACCCCGAAGGGGAAAUGAAUGGAGUAGAUGGUCCCAGUCCUCCCCUGCCCCACUGCCCUCCUUGGGGGUGGCAUGGGGAACAGGCAACCUCACAGCGCACUGAGCCUGUAGUCCCGCCCGAGGACGGCAGCCUGGGCUUGGGGGCCAGGCCCUGUUCCCUACAGGUGUGACCACAUGCUCUGAGCUGUGUACAUACAGUGUGACAAGUCCAGGAGGGCUCUGGGGCCUGGCUGGCCCGGUGCUCUGGUGGACACUGGACUCUUGGCUAGUGCAGGGCCCUGCUUGCCAGAAAAGGGCCUUGACUUGUGUCUGGCAUGUGCCAGACCCUCUGCUCAUGGUGGGUCACAGGAUCUCAGACUGAGUUAGAGCUUUCUGACACAAGUUUCCAGAAUUGGGUGAAUGUUGUGCUGAAUAUUUUCUUGUUUAAAGACAAAAAAAAAAAAAAAAAAAAAGUGUAUUUCUCAGGCUGUAGAAGUCAGUCUCACAGCUAUUCCUGGUGCGUAGGAGAGUGAGCUUUCUCAAUGUUUUCUUGAAGUUUUCUUAAAGGAAACCUCUCACUGGUUCUCUCAGGUGUGGCGCUUGGCUGCUGGGAACAGACAUAGUUUAUCUUACAGAGAACACUGUUUUGCAAGAGGUUUCCCACAAUUAUGGUCUGAGGGAGGGUCCCUGCCAGCUUGUCUUAGUCACUUGAGCUUAAGGGAAAGUUGGGUGGUUUUUUUUUUGGCUGUUGUUCUUUUAUUCUUUCUUUUUUUUUUUUUUUUUUAAAUCUGAAAGCAAGAGCCGUCUGGGAGCAGGCACACGAGGGUACUCACCCCCAGUUAGGGAAACAGAAGGACUGCUGACUGGCGUUCCUGUGCCCCCAAAGGUGGCUGACGGCUUUGGGUGGAAUGUCACAAAGCAGUCAGACUGGGGGUGAGUCAGAAAUCCUUGGGUCACUUGUGGUUUUCUUCAUGGUUUUGGUGUGACUAUUAACUUGUUUUUACUUCACAAGAAAAACAGGUGUUUGGGUGUCUGUUUGAAAUUCUGCCAUCUUGCUCAUGUCCCAGUCCCAUGGCUGCCCCAGGUUGGUACUAAUAGGUAACUUGAGAACUGGGCACCACCAGCAAACCCUUUAGACAGACGGGGCAUCCCUGGGCACUGACGCUGCCUUAAACCCCAGAUCCUGUGAUGUUCGUGAAGGGGAAGGUGCGUUUGCAGUAACCAGUGGUGCUCACUCGUCAGAUCCCUCUGGAGCGAGUGCCCACUUUGGAAGCGUAUGCUCUGACCUUGGCCUUGAUUUUCUACCUGCCACCUGGAUGAGCUGACAGUUCUCACCUUGAGUUCUGUUGCUUUUUGGAUGGAAAUCAAGGUAGCACAUUUGUCCAAACGCUGCUCUGGGUUUUCUUUCUACCUGGCCAGACAUUGCGUCAUCUCCACAUCUGCUGAUGUCCAUUUUUAUGCGCUCUGCAUCGGGGGUACCAGGAGAAUCCCCUACUUCCACCACCUUCCCUGUUCCCAGGCUGCAGUUGCCUUCAGCUUCCCUGGGGCCCUCAAGCCUGAAAGAAUGGAUGUGAAGCUUUCCAGCUCAGAUCUUCAGAAAGGAGAACAGUUGGCUCCAAUCAAGCCUGUUUUGUUCACAGACUUGUGAAGGGGAAGGGGCACACCAGUUUGAACCCUCGAUUCUGGGACUGGAGGUGUCUGGGAUCUGCUAGAAAAAGAUAAGGGGCCUUAAAAAAACCAACAAGAGUUAAAUGUGGCCCCGAGUGUCCCCCUUUUGCCCCAUCCUCUUGUCCCUGCCUUGUAGCUGAUCUGUGGCCCUUAGAUGUGAGAUUCUGCGAGACUGGGGUUUUCAUCUGCAGCUCGGAGCAGGGGUGGUUGGUCUGCCAAACCAUGACUGUCCAGCUUGUCCCUUUCCUGUACUCUGCCACCAAGCCAGGCUCCAAGGCUGUGGGGACCACAAGCAAUCAUGGACAUUCCUGUCAAUGACAAAGAGCUUCAAAAAUUUGCAGCUGGCAGGAAGAAUCAGGGCAGCCGUCCUUGAAUUUGCCUGAUGCUAGCAGCUGGAUGACUUCAUUCUUCACUAUUUUGGAGAGCAGUAAUUCUUCACUGUUCCUUCCAUGGAAUCUCCUGGAUGCCUUUGUCCUCUCUCUGAGGAUGUUCUUGCUGUAGAAACUGAAGAAGAGCCUUAUGUCAGAGAGGAUUGUUUGUCUGUUACUACAGAUGGUGCAACACCUCCAUCACCAGAUCACCACCUCAUCACCACAGCAUCAGCUCCACCAAAGCCAUGGCACACACAACCCCACCACCAUCGCCAGAUCACCACCACCAUCACCAGAUCACCGCCACCAUCGCCAGAUCACCACCACCAUCACCAGAUCACCGCCACCAUCUCCAGAUCACCGCCACCAUCACCAGAUCACCGCCACCAUCUCCAGAUCACCGCCACCAUCACCAGAUCACCGCCACCAUCUCCAGAUCACCGCCACCAUCACCAGAUCACCACCACCAUCACCAGAUCACCAGCACCAUCUCCAGAUCACCGCCACCAUCACCAGAUCACCACCACCAUCACCAGAUCACCAGCACCAUCGCCAGAUCACCAGCACCAUCGCCAGAUCACCGCUGACACUGUGAUCAAAACCCCCAGUACUACUAUGGUCACUGCAGUCACAAGCACGGACUCUAGUGCCACCACCACCACCGUGAUCACGUCACUACUGCCACCCCCAACCCACGCCCCACCGUUGCCCCCGUCAGCAGUGCCGCCGUGGCCGCCAGUGCCAGCACCGUCACCAGCAUCGCCUCCAGCCACGUUCCCGUCACCAGCGCCACCGCUGCACACCACACGCCAUCGUCACCAGCGCUGCCCAGGCCAGCACCACCGUCACCGCCAACACCCUCACGCCACAUACGGGCAAGACUUCGCUGCAGAGGUCUUCAAGUCACAUUUGGGAAACCCUCAGACUCUGAUGAACCCCUGAGGGGUGGAGUGGAAGUGGAGACAGAAGCCACUAAGCAGACGUGGGUCCCGCUCAUCCUCUUCCACUCAGGCUUCAAUCUGAGACAGCGCCAUUAUCUGCUUUUCCUGUUGGAGUUCCUCCUAAAAUGCCACCAAGGUUCCCAGAUCUUAAAACCCACUGAAGCCACGGUGUGCAUAGUGCUUUAUCCCACCAAGGAAUUUUUUCCAGGAAGUGUUUAGGAAAGUGCAAAUGCCCGAGGAGGGCACACACGCAAAGGAGAAACACUGGGUGUUUUUAUCACGGAGAACGGGGUCGCCACGGGUGGUGCUGAGGAGAGAGGCCUGGACCCCACACUCGUGGGCUUGUGUCAUGGAAGACAGCUGGAAGGGAGUGGAAAGGGAGAAGCAAAGGCAAAGCCCGCCUUUGUUUCUGAUGUGCAUUCAGGACAUGAUAGGUUAAUCCAAGCUUGGCACAGCCAGGAGGCUGUGUGGUUUCCUGCAGGACUGUGCGUGAUGACAGGUUUUCCCUUUCACUGCCUGGCCUCUCUGCCCCCUGUGCCCGGCCAGGAAGGUUUUCUGGAAGGGUUUCUCCCUCCACACUCAUACUGGAAUGUCUUAUCCUUGGCGUUGGGGGAGUCUUCUCUCUUUGGGAUGAAAAGUGUUGGAGAGCUUUAUUGGAUAAUUCCUCCCUUGAAAUUGUACUCUCAUUAGAUAGGAAGCACAUCAUGUUUUGUUAAAAUCCAGCCUGGAAACAGAUCUGAAACUCCCAAGUGGGCUGGCUUUGAGGACGAAUUCUUCAUCUUUUUUAAUAUUUGAAAAUUUAUUUUUAGUUGUUUGGUUGUACCUUGUGACUUGUGGGAUCUUAGUUGCCCCACCAGGGACCAAACCUGUGCCCCUUGCAUUGGAAAUGAGGAGUCUUUUUAAAAAAAACCUUUAAUUUUGUCUUGUGGUAUAGCCCAUCAACAACGUUGUAAUAGUUUCAGGUAACGAGCAAAGGAACUCAGCCAUACAUAUAUGUGUAUCCAUUCUCCCCCAAACUCCCCUCUCAUCCAGGCUGCCACAUAACAUUGAGCAGAAUUCCAUGUGCUAUACAGUAGGUCCUUAUUUGUUAUCCAUUUUAAAUACAGCAGUGUGUAUACAGGUCUACCCCAAACUCUCUAAUCCCUUCCCAUCAUCCUUCCCCUGCUGGGAAACAUAAGCUCAUUCUUGAA